AUGCAAGCACAUAAACCUGCACCAGCACCUGGAUUUUCAAACGCUAACUAUGAACCAGGAAAUCAAGUCCCCUAUGGCUACUCUCAGCAGGCACCUGGGGCUUACCAGGGUGUCGCAGGUGUGGGGAACUAUGGCUUCCAGGUACCGGCCAUGGGAGUCCCAGCUGGACUUGCUGUUCCACCCAUCCAGAACCAGCCCGUUGUGAAGGAGGGGACAAUCUGGAUGCCCGUCCCUCCUCCUCUUCCCAACUGCCCUCCUGGACUGGAAUACCUCACACAGAUUGACCAGAUAUUAAUUCAUCAGCAAAUUGAACUUCUUGAGAUCUUGACUGGCUUUGAAACAAACAACAAAUAUGAAAUCAAGAAUACGCUGGGGCAAAGGGUGUACUUUGCAGCAGAGGACACUGACUGCUGUACCAGGAAUUGCUGUGGGCCAUCACGACCCUUCACCCUCCACAUUAUAGACAACCUGGGCCACGAGGUGAUAACGUUGCAAAGACCCCUCCGGUGUUCUUCGUGCUGCUUUCCAUGCUGCUUACAGGAGCUGGAAGUUCAGGCGCCUCCAGGAACACCAGUUGGUUACGUUGUCCAGAACUGGCAUGCCUGCCUGCCAAAAUUUACCAUUCAAGAUGAGAAAAGAAUGGAUAUACUGAAAAUUACUGGCCCAUGUGUUGUCUGCAGCUGUGGUGGGGACAUUAAUUUUGAGGUGAAGUCUGUGGAUGAGACUGCUACUGUUGGGAGGAUUUCUAAGCAGUGGACUGGGUUUUUGAAAGAAGCCUUUACAGAUGCAGAUAACUUUGGAAUCAUAUUCCCAAUGGACCUUGAUGUAAAAAUGAAAGCUGUCAUGAUUGGUGCUUGCUUCCUUAUCGACUUCAUGUUUUUUGAGUAUACUGGUGAUAACAAACAGCGAACAGGAGUUUGGCAAUGAAAUCUAGAACUUUUAUAUAGAAGGAAGAAGAACAUAAAUCUCCCAACUUUCCAGUAGAUUGCAGAGCUCCAGUAAGAAUGUGAGAAAUGUAUAUCUUGUGCUUGUAGUUAUAUUUCUAUAAACUAAAAGCUUUGUGGUC